UAUCCAUAUCAUAUUCCCUUUCGAUUUCAAUGUGCAAAAUUUACAUUUAUAUUUAAAUUUUACUAUUAUUUAAAUUUACCCUAACUUAAUUAAGUGGAUAUAAGUGAAUCAAUACUUCAUAAUUUACAAACCAUGUCUGGUAAGGCGGCUUUUGCUAUACAGACUUUAUUCUCGACAGCAUCUCGCGACCGAUGUAUGGCGAAUAUGAGGAAAUUUCCCGUUCCUCGAAGACGGGGCAAAGAGCCUACUGCGUCGGCGGCCGUUCUUAUUCCUAUCUGCGGCGUUGAGGACACUCCAUCAUUGUUGUACACUUUGCGGGCGGACAACCUAAGGAGCCAUAGCGGACAAAUUUCGUUUCCCGGUGGAAAAAAGGAUAAUAACGAGACACCGAUACAAACCGCGCUCCGUGAGACUGAAGAAGAAAUAGGCUUGUCACGGACAAAGAUAGAACUCUGGGGAGAGGGACCUCCAGUGCCAGGGCGGAAUAACCAAAUUAUGAUUACCCCUGUGGUCGGGACCAUAAAGCACUUGGAAGAAAAAGAUCUGGACAUCAACAAGGAUGAGGUUGCCGAGAUCUUUACGUUACCAGUAGAAUCCUUGUGUGAUAAAAACAAUCAAUUCUACACGCAGUUCAGUAAUGGCUUCAUAUUGCCGGUGUUCAUGGUGGAUCAUUAUAGAAUAUGGGGAGUCACAGCCUUCCUCACCCAUGUGUUUCUUAGCUCCCUAUUUACUCAAGAUAUUUAUAAAAACGAGUGGAUGAAACAGAAAGUUGUGUUAAAGUGAAUCCAAUUUGCAGGAGAAACAUUUCAAUUAAAUACCCACAUAUAUUGAAAUAUUUAUUAAAGUAUGAAAGCUACUACAUAUCACAUGGCAUUGCAGUACUUAAUUGUAUAACUUACAAUUUUAUUCUAAAACUGAGCAAGGCACAAGAAGCAUUGAAGAUUAUCACAAUAAAUUGGAAUAGAUAAAAAUAAUGUCAAACUAUUACAAAAGAAUUAAGGGAACAGAAAAGGAAAAUAUAAAAUAAAAUGAAACGCAAAUGAUAAAAAUAAUAUUUAUCCAGAUUUAUUCCUUAACACUUAAAUUAUAAUCUAGAAUUAAUAUUUUAUACAUUGUCCAGACAUGGUGAUGAUCUCUCGCCCUUGUGUACUAUGUUUAUAUGUAUUUUAUUAUCAACAACAUAUACUUUUUCUACAGACCCUUUUUAUUAAAACUAUUUGAUUUGAAGUUCAGGAAGAAUAUUAAAGAUUAUUCUGUUGUAAAUUGAAUGUCUUAGUGAAAUUAUACAGUUGUUAUUGUUAUCAUAUUGAUUAUAUUAUCUCAAAUUAUGAAAUUAAAAAAUAACUACCUUCCCAAAGGUAACAUUGAUAGCAGGCAA